UAAGGGUUUAACGGUUUACAACAGAGACAAGAAGAAGAAAAAGUAGCAAGAAGAAACAAAAACGCAACAAUGGUGUUUUCAGAAGAAGAACUAACGAAAAUAUUCAGAGUCUACAAAACAGUCGUACAGAUGAUAAACGACAGAAACUACGUCGUUCCAGAUUCCGACCUAACCAUGUCGAAACAAGAUUUCAAAUCGAAAUUCGGAGAACACGUGAAGAGAGAAGACCUAGUUAUUAAAGCAUCCAACAGAGUUAAAUCUUCAGAUCAAAUUUACGUGUUCUUUUGUGAUGACGCUAAAGUUAGUGUUAAGGUUGUUAGAAGUUUUUUUAACCGUAUGGCGGAUGAUAAGGUUGGUAGAGGGAUUAUUGUUUGUCAGACUCAGCUUACUGGACCUGCGAGGAAUGCUCUCAGUGAAAUUUCUUCGUCCAAACAUCAGCUUGAAAUCUUUCUGGAGGAAGAACUGUUGGUGAACGUAACACAUCACGAGCUUGUGCCAGAACAUCAAGUGCUCACCGACAAUGAGAAGAAAGCCUUGCUCCAGAAAUACACUGUCAAAGAAACUCAGCUACCUAGAAUCCUGAUGACGGAUCCUGUUGCGAGAUACUUUGGACUAAAGCGUGGACAAGUUGUGAGGAUUAUCCGAAAGAGUGAGACUGCAGGAAGAUAUGUUACAUACCGAUUUGUCGUAUAAGAAUUUUGUUGAGAUCAUCAGCCAUAUACUACUUUUGCAAUGUGUUACCUACUAAUAUUUCUGCAAAGCAUGCAUAGUGAUUAUAUAACUUUCAUUUUAUUUUGUUUACUGUAAUGUAUUACAAUGACAAAACAACAUGACAUAAGUUGUUAUGGUUGCUAACGUCAGUCAUUAAUAUUGUACUUUAUAUUGACAUCUAAAUUAUUUUGCUAAGAUGACAUAUGUUUCUAUGCGUAGCAA